AUGAGCACGGACGUGGUGUACGACUACGUGGUGAUCGGCGGCGGCAGCGGCGGCAUGGCCUCGGCCCGCCGCGCCGCCACGUACGGCGCCAAGGUGCUGGUGGUGGAGCGCGGCCGCGAGUUCGAGGGGAUGGGCCUCGGCGGCACGUGCGUCAACUUCGGCUGCGUGCCCAAGAAGGUCAUGUUCAACGCCGCGGCCCACGUGGAGCACCUGGCGCGCAACAAGGACUACAGCAUCAACACGGCCGCCAAGGACUUCGAGUUCGGCGACUUCGACUGGGCCAACAUGAAGACCAAGCGCGACGCGUACAUCAAGCGCCUCAACGGCAUCUACGAGCGCAACCUGGGCAACGCGCAGGUGGACCACGUGCAGGGCAUCGCCAAGCUCGUGGCCAAGGACAAGGUGGAGGUGGCCGGCAAAGUCUUCACGGGCAAGCACGUGCUCGUGGCGCCCGGCGGCGUGCCCAGCGUGCCGGACCUGCCCGGCAUGGAGCACGUGAUCGACAGCGACGGCUUCUUCAAGCUGGAGCAGCAGCCCAAGAAGGUGGCCGUCGUGGGCGCCGGCUACAUCGCCGUGGAGAUGGCCGGCAUCUUCAACGUGCUCAAGAGCGACACGACGCUCUUCUGCCGCUUCGACCAGGUGCUGCGCAAGUUCGACCCGAUCGUGCGUGACCUCGUGAACGAGGAGAUGGAGAAGGCCGGCGUCAAGUUCGUGCGCAACAUGCGCGCCGCGCGCGUGGAGAAGCAGGCGGACGGCAAGCUCACGUUCGUCGUCACGAUCAACGGCGAGGAGCACAAGUUCCCCGACUUCGACGCCAUCCUGUACGCCGUCGGCCGCGAGCCGCGCACCAAGGACCUCGGCCUGGAGGAGGUCGGCGUCAAGCUGUCCGAGGGUGGCUUCAUUGAGGUGGACGCCCAGGAGAACACGUCCGUGCCUGGCGUGUACGCUAUUGGCGACGCCACGAUCACGGGCUGGGAGCUCACGCCCGUGGCCAUCGCCGCCGGCCGCCGUCUGUCCGACCGCCUCUUCGGCGGCGAGAAGGACGCGUGCCUGAACUAUCACCAGAUCCCGACCGUCAUCUUCAGCCACCCGCCCAUCGGCACGAUCGGCUACACAGAGCCCGAGGCCGUGGCCAAGUACGGCGAGGAGAACGUCAAGUGCUACACGAGCAAGUUCGUCAACCUGCUGCACUCGAUGGCCGACCCGGAGCGCAAGGGCAAGACGGCCAUGAAGCUCGUGACGGUGGGGGAGCAGGAGACCGUCGUGGGCGUGCACGUGGCGGGCGAGGGCGCCGACGAGAUGAUCCAGGGCUUCGGUGUCGCUGUCAAGAUGAACGCCACCAAGGCCGACUUCGACAACAUCGUGGCCAUCCACCCGACGGCCGCCGAGGAGCUCGUGACCAUGGCCCCGUGGGGCAUGAUCAAGGACAAGAUCGUGCUGUCCCCCACGCCGGCGCGCCCGGCCCCGACGCCCUAGCAGUAAGUAGAUACGCUGGCCCAUUCAUCGCUGCAGCCGUUUGACGUGAGGCGAAUUAAAUAAAAUGCAACCUUUGACGAUGCACCAU